AUGGGUGGCUUUCACGUAUACUGCGCGAUAUGUGGCUCAACCUUCUCCAGCAGGCAGUUUAUCUCAAUUGAUUCUGACAGUGAAAUGGGUGAUCAUACCUAUUCUGGAGAGGUGAUUGGCGAUAGUGAUCUGGAAUGGCUUGAUGAUCUCCGCGCACUGGGCCUUAAUCCAGACGCUGUUGGAGACAGAAAGUCUUUUGUUACUGGCGAUGGAUACUAUGACGAUGCAGGUGCUAUUGAUGCUGAUGCAGGCGAAGAUCCAAAUGUUCCCAUUGACCCAGACCGUCGACCGCCAUAUCGCUUCUACGCGUAUAUGGCCUGGAACGAUGGGAUGCAGGAACAUAUACCUGUUUUCCCUUUUCAUAAGAUCUGCUACGAGGAUAUCCUCCUUAGAUGCUUCAAGGAUGAAACACUAAAUGGAGACGUCCUUUAUUCCCUCUGUGGGGAACUAGUUAAUGAUUUCUCUCACAACGCACUGCUUUUGGAUUAUGGAGAGCCCACGCCCCCAGGUGAGCAAUACUGGGAAUGCAAGAAGGGCGAAGAGCUCCUAGUGACGAACCCAGUGGAAAUCUCUCCGUUAACUAAAUAUCUGAAUAAGCUUCGGGACCUGGUUAAUGCUGAACUUGACACACCUCAGCCCGAAAAAGGCCCGGAGAGCGCCGACAUAUUCAACAAACUUCCCUAUGAACUGCGGCAGCAAAUCUUCAGCCUCCUUCCCUUGGCGUCUGUGUUGGCUCUCAAAGCAGCAUCAUGGUCGAUGCACACGACUCAACUUCCAGAGAAGAGUUGGAAAAAAAGACUAGAAUCUGACUUACCUUGGCUCUGGGAAGUUCAUGUUAUCGAUAUGACUGGCUCCCAGAAGCUGGAGGCUAAGCUUUCCAAGAUAAUUGCUAAGCUUGAGGAGAAGAGUCAGUAUAGGAAUGGCAAAGCCAACUAUAUCCCCGGACUUGCAAAUCGAAAGAGGAUUUGGAUGGUUUGUGAGGACAUUAAAACCCUGUAUCAUGAAAACUUAGCUGAAAAGGCCAAAAGUGAGAAAUCAGAAGCCUGA